CGUGAUCGGACGAUUUGACUGUGACAAGUCGACAUAAUUCCACAUGUACAAAUUAAUGAAUGAUCAUAUUUUUCCGUAAAACAUGAUACGUUUUUUGUGUUUGUUUCUUUUUCUUGUAAUAUUUGUGGAAUGUAGAAAUAUAAAACACAAAGAAAGUGAAAAAGAAAACUCCGGAUCUAUCAACUUUACACCUUGUUUAGAUAAAGAUUGUAAAGAAAAAAUCAAUACUUAUGGAAAUACCAAACAUCAGAAACAUCGACACAGAUCGCACAGAUCACACAAGAGACGACGACAUGGAAAGAAAAAAACAAAACAACUUCCACUUUCCAAAGGAUUCCAAUUACAAGAGGAGGAUCAUAAUACAGCAUAUGGAUGGAACAGAGAUUCUCAUGUCCCAAGAGGAGUGUCACGACUGGAACACAAAUUGCAUCCAAAUAUUCGGCAUGCUGCAAAAGAGUUUAUGGAUAAUUUACAAUCAGUCCUGAAAAAGAUCCAAAGCAAGAUCAGAAAUGUUGAUAAUGAAUAUAUCACGGUGGGGAGUAAGUCCCGGGAAUCUAUGAUGGAAGUUAGAAAAGAGUUAGAGGAACUUACAAAGGAAAACAACGAUGUAUAUGAUGCCUUAAUGGAUGUGUCACAGCUAGUCCGGUAUGUAUAUAGACGAGCCCACGAGAAUGGCUAUGCUGGUGCCCAAACCAUGUCUCUGAGAAGUUUUCCACAGAUGACGUUUGUUGACUUUAACAAAGAACUUAGAAAAUAUCAGAUGACAUAUUGGAAUGCAUCAAACGUUUACAAUAGUGUUAUGGAUUUACAAAGAAGAGGAGUACAACAAGAUGCAGCAAAGACGAGUGUCAUGAGCAAAGUAAAAGACAAAAGUUUGUCUGAAAAAUUCCGGUAUUUUGAAAUGUAUGAUCUGCAGCAGAAAGUGCGACUGAUACUUCAGAAGGUCGAUUCAUUGUCUGGAAAUGUUUUUAUACCACUCCGUAGACGUUUAAUGAAAUAUAAGACAAUCAAGAAUAAUAUAUCAGACAGAGUGAAGCACGCUAGAUAUCUAACUGGUCUUGCACAUGCAUCAACAAAGAUAGCUAGAGAUACAUUCCAGUUAAACAAGAAAUACCACCACAGAAUGAAGAACGACGGACACCAUAACCCAGCAACUGGACAACAGAACCCAGCAACCGGACACCAUAACCCAGCAACCGGACACCACUUAUCAAGGCGUCAUAGAAGAUCUACUGAACAUGCAUUUAUAGAGGUUCUUGUUCAAAGGGCAAUUAGAAAAUCUAAGCACUUGGAGGAAAUCUCUAAUGUUGUAUACAGCAAGUUGGCCCCUCUUCUUCCAAAAGCUGGUGCAUUUAUCAAAGAUAUGGAAAGUGGAAAUGCUGGUACCCUCUUACAAAUUAGAAACAUCAUUGACAAGCUCUCAGCUACAUUAGCUAAACUAGAUGAUAGAAUGGAUGAUGUACGAGUAUUUCUAAACGACACUAACAUUUUAGAAGCACGUUGUCAGGAGUUGAAUGGCGAGAGUGAAAUAAUAAGAUGUGAAAAGCAUGGUGUCUUUGAAGGCUCUGGAUCUGGAGAAGUUGAUGACGAGGAUGGAAUAUUUACGAUGAAAAGUACGAUUCCAACAACGAAAACCACUCAAAGGAUUACUAGCACUACAUCUACCACAACUACAUCGACAACUACACCUACCACCACUACAUCGACAACUACACCUACCACAACUACAUCGACAACUACACCUACCACCACUACAUCGACAACUACUAGCACUACACCUACCACAACAGAUCCCACCUCCACAUCAACGAAAACGUCAACAUCAACUUCGACAACAGCUUCAACAACAACAACGCCAAAAACAACAACAACUAUUCCUUCAACAUCAACACCGAGUAUAGCAUCGUCUUCAACUAAAAGGACAACUACAGCUCUAACAAAAAAACCAACAACAACAGCAAAUAUAGCAAAUGUUAAAAUAGUGGAACUAACUUAUAAACCUGCUAUACAAACUACAGAAAGUACGAUAGAGGGAAGCGGAACUACUCAAGACGGCGAUUCAGACGAAACAGACAACGAUUUUGUUUUCGACAGAUCAGAUACAGACAGAUACAGACCAUCAACAACAACAUCAUCAACAACGCCGACGCCCAUGCCAGAUAAACAUACAGAGGGAAGCGGAACAACUGAGACGGACGGAACAGAUGAUGACUUUAUGUUCGAACAACCAACAACAACGCAAUCGACAGCAACGACCAUAACUACGACGGCCACGAUACAAAAGCCAGUGACUGAUAAGGCUACGGAGGAAGGCAGUGGGGAGAGUGGAACUGAUAUUACCGUUGAAGAGGAUAAGAAGAAAGAAUCAGAAGAAGAAAAAGAAGGAUACUGGUGGUGGAAUGAUGAUCCGAAUGUAUUAUAUGACCCAAAGCAAGAUUUCAAGGAAAAACUAGCAACACAAGCUUUCAGUGCCCGUAUGAAAAGUGAAAAGAUAUAUAACCAUUGGGUGAAUGUUUCUUUUGGCUUCAAAGAUGUGCAGAAUCGUUGGGCAGACAUGACGAGACAGUUGAACCAUUUGGGAGCUUACGUCACUGCAGCUGAAGGUCUUAGAAUAUCAUGGCACACUGUAGAACCAUACAUCGCUGAAAAGAUGAACACCUUACCAACCAAGUCAUUAGAUAUCAUUCACAAAUCUGAUGAAACUGUCAACAUAAGCCAAAAUACACUUAUUAUUAUCAACGAAAAGCUUAACCAGAUGUUACAACUAAAGCAAAAACGUUUGUCCAAAACCAGUAACGAUGACCAAGGUCCAGCUUUUAUUGCCGAUUUGAUAUCAAACGUUCAAACGGUGGAUCAGAACUCUAAAGCUAUAGCUAGACUGCAGCAGAUUAACCCUGCUCCAUGUAAAGGGGUCCAGAACACAGCAUCCAGACUAAGAAGCAGUAUUGCGCAGCUCAGAUCUAAGAUCGAUAAAGCUAAGACAAUAACUUCAUCUAUUCCAUUAUCUGUAUACAUGGACGGCAAAGAGGUUUUGGAUGCGUCAUUCGCUUAUAAAUCUGUACCUGUUUCACCGUCAUCUAUAAUAGACAUGUGUAUAAACCCAAGUAGUGAAAAUAUGCAAAUUGCCACUUUCUACGGAAAUUUAACACAAUCUUAUUCCGUUUUCUUAAAAGACUUGAAACCAGCUGUAACAAUCACUGACAUUGACAAUACAAAGCUGGAGACUAUUUCGUUUACAUCACCUUUAAAGAAAGACCAUUGGUAUUCAAUCAGUAUAAGAAGAAAUGGUCGAACUGUAGAAUUGCGACUGAAAUCCUUGAAUGAUACCUCAGAGGAAAUCGUUGAAGAUUCAUAUGUACCAGGAUUAUCUACUCUACAGAGUACAAUCUCAAGGGCAAUUGUAGGGAAAACAGUCAUACCUUCUGAAAGUUCCUAUUUUUCGGGCUGUGUUAGUGAUAUUGUAGUAAACGGACAACAUUUAGCAAUGAGCAAAAAGAAAGGAACUAUGAAACACUGCACUGCACCCGGAUGUAAAAGCAAACACUUCAAGUCGAUGAUUUUUGAAGGUGAUGGCUUUGCCAAAUUCUCUUUACAUCUGAUAGAUGCAUCAUACAUUGACAACAUCCAUCUAGGAUUUCAAUCGACACAGAAAGAAGGUGUUCUCUUAUUUAUCAACGAUAAGCUGAAGUCAUUGCAAGUGCUCAUAUCGCUCAGUGAGGGAGCAUUACAUAUUGAAGUCAGUACCAGAAGGGGAACAACUGUCCUCAGAAGUUCAAAAGAUACUUAUCAUGAUGGAGCUGAUCACAUGUUGAAAGUUGUAUUUGGUAAUGAUGUUAUAGAAGUGACAACGGAUCAUCUGGAUGAUACAUUCGAACAGGAACUAGCCCGACAGGAGAUCACAUCACGUAUUGCUGAUGGGAUAUAUCUUGGUGGACUAGGUGUUCAGAGUCAUUCUCUGUCAGGGAAAGCAAAACUAAGAUCAUUCAGCGGUUGUAUAUCAUCAUUUUCAAUAAGCAAUAAAGAAAUACCUUUAUAUAUGAUUGAUGAAAGUAAAAACGUAUAUUAUGGAAAAUGUAGUGAAAAUAUUUGGAGAAAAUGUGUCAAAUUUACCGAACAGAGUAAACCUAUAGUAUACAAACAAUCAGAAGAUUCAAAUAAAGUAUAUGUUAUUGUUGGGAAGGAUUCCUUGGGUACACUAUUACACUUCCAACGAGUUAAUGGUGAGGAUUUUGAUGUGACCUUAUUUGUUGAAAGCAAGGGAGUGGAAAUAUCUGACAACAAAGAAAAUAAGGAUUACAAUUUGAGUUCAGACGAUAAUACUAAGGAUUGGCAUGUGUUGUCUGUGGAGGACACUGGUGACGAAAGGUUACUCAUGAGUCUAGGAACAUCAUCAAUAGAAGUACCAUACGACAUACCAUUCAGAUGGUUUUCGACAACUCCUCCGGUUUAUGACAUCUCUGUCGGUGGACUUGUUGAUAGUGACACCUCUACAUUUCAAGGAGGAAUUUCAUCUUUGAUCAUUAAUGACAGACCAAUUGACCUGCAAGCUGUGAUAGAAAGUCAUCAACUACAACAUUGUGAGAGAUCAACGGUGGUUCUUCAUGAAAUGGACAAAGAAGAUAAACCAGUAUGCUAAUGAAACUUUGUAUUCUGUUUGAAAAUCUUGAGAUGAAAGUAAUUCAUUCCUUUGAGUGUAAUACAUGUAGUGGUAUACCAAUUUGUUUACAUGUAUACCAUUUUGGUUAGAUAUAACGAUAAACCAAUUCAAUUACAUGAAAUGGUACACAUUUUUGGUUAGAUGUAAAGAUAUACUAUUUUGGUAACAUGUAAUAUACAUUUUUGAUUACAUGUAAUGGUAUACAUUUUUGGUUACAUGUUAUGAUAUACCAUUUAGUUAAAUGCAAUAAUAUAGAAUGUUGAUUAAAUGUAAUGACACCAUUUGGGUUAAAACUGAAUGUACUAUGUUUGUCCUCCAAAUUUCGUUACUUAAUUUUAAUAGUGUAUUAGGUAUUAUGAAAAAUACUGUUUCAAAUAUGUAUCAUGAAAGGAAACCAUUAAAGGAGAAACAUAAUAAUGACAAUAAAAAUAAAUUCUUCAUUUUGAAGACGGUAACUCAUUAAAUCAUGUCUCAUUUUCAUUGGGCCCUCAAACAAAUAAAUCCAUACAGUACACAUUCACCAGUUAACUAAAACAAAUAUAUAUAUAAAAAAAUCAUUCAAACAUCAAAAUACCUACACUAAGGAAACAUUUCAUAUGCUAAUGAAAAUAGUAAUAUCAUUAGAUUUUAUAAUGUCUGAAGUAACAGUUUCCAAGAAAGUAUUGGGAAAAUGUUUCUUGAAUAAUUCUACAUAACGACGAUUUUUUGUAUUGAAACUAGUAAAUUAUUCAAUACUUCGAUUGCAGAACAAUGAAAAGAUUACUUCUCUUUUUUAUAAAAGUUAGUAUUUGGUCAUAGUUGAUAUAGAUCGUUAUUAGUUAUUGAUCGAUACAUUUUAUAUCAUUAUUAAUUGUUAUUGAUAAAUAAUCAUGUAUAAGUUUAUGUACAUUUUUUUGCAUUAGAAAAUAUUAUUAGUAUUUUUACUCUUUCUGUAAAUGGUAACCAUUUUAAAGAAGAAAACUAUCAAUUUGAUGGAUCUGAAAUAUCACAUUCAAGUUUAAUUUUGGUUGCAUUUUUCUCGAGUAUUUAUCUUUUUUAACGAAAACAUUUCCCCAAACUGAACUUAAAAAAAUAGAAUAUCGGUAUUACAAUGAUAAUGUAACAUUUUUCCCCUUCAAAUUAUCCUGUACUGUAGUAAUAGUUUUGUCAUGAAAGUAAACGUGAAACAUUUUAAUAAGUUAGUUUGAAGUUUACGUGAUUGUGUCCCUACCAUAGAAUAUAUUUAAGUAUGAAUGCACAAAUGUGAACUAGUCUUUUUAUGGAAUUGACAGCUUUUAUGAAAAUUGAAACGUAUUGUCAUAAAAAAUCAUAUGACAUUAAAAAAACUCUAUGCCAAUUUUAGAAUAAAUAUGGCAUUCAAUGUUAAAACAAAUAUAAACGUAUGAAAUAAUGAGUCAUGAAUUGUCACAUUUAUCUGAUACAGGGAUAUUUUCGUUGUUGAAGAGCAACUGCUGCAAACAAUGUUUUAUCAAGCUGUGAAAUCUGAAUAUUAGCAUCUAUAUUGUAUUCACUGACACAUUAUUUCACGCUAUAUCACAUAAUAGUCAUACAUUUAUAAGGUGUUAUAUUAAUUUCAGAGCAUUACUCAUAAAGUUUUCACAUUAUUUAUUAUAUUAUUUUUUUAUAGUUUUUAUAGAGCUAAAAUUCAGUCAUAAAAUGUAUUGCUAAAUUUUAGAAAUUGACUGAAUUAAAAUGAAAGAAGACAUGUUUACCAUAAAGAACUUUACAUAUUUGUUAACUUAGUAACAGUCAGUCUCCUCCUUGUUAUGUAAGUGUGCUUUAAAAAUUUCUGCUUCCAAGAUCAGGGACUGUGUGUCAAUGUUUUCAUUAUCUUUGUUUUGUUUUUUUUUCUCAUUUUAAGUCUACCUGACACAGUCUUAACAAGUGUAGUAGUAUGAUAUGCUAUGUUAAGCAGAAUAUAGGAAAGAAAAUUCCAAACGGGAUAAAAAUAUCUAGUUGAACGACAGACAACGCCAUGAAUUACAGAAAAAGAGACGAAAAAUACAAAGAAUUGUCCAUAAUAUUUGAUAAUUAAGCAAAAAGCAAAAGAACUUGAACCCUUUGCAAAAACAGGUGGUUAUAAUCCUGGUAUCUUUGGUGAGUUUUUUGUAAACACAUGUGACCCGGAGAGGAAAACAGUUCCUGUUUUACUGGGCACCCGUCUGGUCUAUACCCUAUGUCUGCUUUUCAGGGCAAUGCUGCCGUGUUGGUAAUGAAAAUGAAAAAUACCAAAUUAGCUAUAUAGACUUUUUAAUUCGGAACAUUUAAAGCCAAAGGGUCAUAAGAAGCCACAUAGAUAUGAGAGACCCAACAGAAAAGCCAAAACCGUUUCAAUUUUGUAUGAAUGAGUAGGAACCAAAGUAUUUAUAAAAUGCCACUGUUAGUCGGUUGACAAUAAACAAAAAGAAGUCAAGGAACCCUGGCCAGUUGUGUCAAAGUAAUGAAUUUCUACGUGUUUGUGGAAAUCUCAAAUAUAUAAUAUGUAUUUGAUUAUUUUGUUAAUAUUCAUACUGUGAAUAGCAAACCUGGGUGUCUUAACAUUAGCUACAAUAACCUCAUGUGUACUUCAACAAAUUAGUAUAAAUCAACUUUUUGACAAUCUUUUUAUGAAGUAUAUGUGUACCUUACUUGUAUUCAUUAGAGUAUACAUAUAAAAUUAUUUGUAAAAUAAAAAGUGCUAUGUUUUUCAUUGUUUACUAUUUAUUUAUUUGCUUUGCUGUAAUAAAUGUUUUUCAAAUGUGUGUCAUUGACCUGAAUAUAUAUGCUAAGUAUUGUUAAUAAUGAUAGUUCUUUCAUAAUGUCCAUUUAUCAUUGAUUUAAGUGAAUGAAUAAAAGCAGCUUUAAAAGUGA